AUGAUAACAACAAAGACCUCGAUUUUGGAAAAUUUGCGCGCUCUUCCGGAAUCACAUAUUCUGUCAACGCAUCACCGAGAUAUUAUCAGAACGCUGUGGACGGAACUAGGCUCGAAUGAUGGGGAGUCGAAGCAUGCUGCGAAGAUUAUGCUCUCCUACAUUUACAUUUUUCGCGCACCAGAAGAGUUUAUCCAGCUCGUGGAUGAAAGUUAUCUCAAUCAACCGUGGGAAAAGCAAUUUGAUCUGGCAAACAAGCUUGCUUCCUUGCUUCAACAUGUCGAACCUUCAGCAAUCAUAAGAUGCCCAGUUGUUUGCUAUGCAGUUAGUUACUGCGUUUUUGCUCUUCUGGACCUUUCGUCAUCCCCAGUUCCCUCGCUGAACAGAAGAGUCAAGUUUUUAUGUGAUACAUUUUCGAAAAAGAGUCUUCUGGCGAUCUGUUCCUGCUUCGAGUUUCAGUAUCGGAAUAUUCUUCGUGAUCGCUGCAUCAUUUUUAAAAGAAUCGAGCAGCUUCAUUUGCUUCGCCCCGAUGCAAAAUUGUUGAACUGGGGGUUUUUCAACCAAAGCCUCAUUCUGUUUUCAGUAGAAGCACAAGUCUGCAAAGAUCUCGGACUAAAUUUCUGCAUCCCUCUAAAACUGCUUUAUCCCGUAACGUCUUUUUCAAAUCAGCACUACGCUACUUCGAUGGAAAACCGACAGUCUCCCAAUGGGAUUCCGACGGGCUGCUACUCUAUUGCCGAAAAAUGGACAUCAACCAAGGCACUACGAUCGAAGAAAAUGACCAAAUAA